GAGAAGCUUAGCGAGUUGCCUCAGUUGACUGAUCUUCAAAACCUGGAAGAUCUUGAUCUUUCAGGCUGCAAAGCUCUGUCAGAAAUACCAAACAACUCCUUUCAGUCCUGACUCAACUUCAGAAACUCAAACCCUCAGUCCGUAAAAUGCUUACUAAGUCACCUAACUUAACAGGACUUCGAAACCUGAAGGAUUUUGAUCUUUCAGGUUGUGAAGCUCUGUCAGAAAUACCAGACAACUAUUUUCAGUCCCUGAUUUUACUCCAGAAACUCAAACUCUCAGUUCAAAUACAAGAUAGCUCCCUCGAGCGCAUGACCCGACUUCAAAAACUCAACCUCCCUGAAACUCAGAUCAACUUCUUACCAUCUCUGCACAAACCAAGUAACCUUCAUGCCCUUGUUCUGAGAAACUGCAAGAACCUAAAACACCUUACUGAAGUUGGAGAUCAUUGUGUCAGAAGACAAAGGCCUAUAAAGUCUUUCAUGAGCUAGAGAUGCCUAUAUUGGAGUCAUGUUUUGGUUUUCAUCAAUUCAAAGUGAACAGAAGACUAAGUCCUCAACAACCACAAUGAUCUCUGCUUUGCUUCUAUCCAUGUACAACUUCAGAAUAUCUGAGUAGCCAUUCAAAAUCCAAAACUACAUGAAAUAAGGAUGACUAUAUGGAGCCAAUGAAAAGCCUCAGGAUGAGCUGUACAAGAUCACUUGGGAAUGAAGCGGCUGCUUAACGCAUGGUAUUGUUUAGUAGAGAUAGGUGUUUUCAAGGAAAGGUUCCAUCUUCCUGUUUGUGCUGAAAUAAUAUGCAUUUUCCUUGUACUUUUGAACAGCAAUGUACACUAAAUCAGUCUUCGGAGAUUUAUUAUGAAUGAAUGCAUAGUCUUUGC